AUGAAUGAAUAUUCUACUAAUCAUUCCAAAAGUUUUGGCCAUAAGGAAUCUUUGACAAAAUAUGCUAGCUUAAAAUCAGCUAUUAAACAUGGAAAUGUCAUAUCUAAAAUUGAUAGUAAUCACAAAAAAGUAGUAAAAGAAAAUAGAGAAUACAUAAAAUGUUUAUUGGAAACUCUUCUAUACUGUGCUUACCAAGGUAUCCCAAUUCGAGGGCAUAGAGAAAAUGAAGAUUCUGAAAACAUGGGAAAUUUUUUAGAACUGAUGAAGUUACGAGCAAAAGAUAAUAAUAUCUUGGAUCGUUACUUUUUACAAAAAGAGAAAUCUUUCAGAUAUGUGACUGGUACACAUACUAAUGAAUUUAUUAGUUUAAUGGCUGCGUUUGUAAAAAAAAGCAUAAUCAAGGACAUACAAUUGGCUGGUAUUUAUAGUAUAUUAAUUGAUGAAACACAGGAUCUCGAUAGGCACGAACAAGUAUCAUUCAUCAUACGUUAUGUUGAUGGUAAUUUAAACCCCCAUGAAGUUUUCAUAGGAUUUUAUAGAACAGCCAGAACUGAUGGUGAGUGUUUGACUAAUUUAAUAAAAGUAGUGCUCAAUAGUUAUAAUCUUAGAAUUGAAGAUUUAAGAGGUCAAUGUAAUGACGGUGCAGCUUCUAUGAGAGGGUCUUAUAAUGGUGUUCAAGCCAAAAUACGAACUGAAAAUCCAUUAGCAUUUUAUGUUCAUUGCCAUGCACACAUUCUAAAUCUUUGUUUGGUUGAUUUGGCUAAACAAGUUUCAUAUGUGAGAAAUACAUUUGGGACAUUAAAGACUUUGCAUAGCUUUAUUGGUGCCUCUUCUAAAAGAUAUCAAAUAUUUGAGCAAAUACGGACUAAAAUGGGCGAUAAAAUUGGACCAAAAACUUUAAAAAGUUUGAGUGACACGAGAUGGAGUUGUAGGAUAGAUGCAUUAGACUCAGUUGUAUCCAAUUUUACAGUCAUUCUCAAAACUCUAGAAGACAUAUCAGAACAAGAUUCAAUAAAUGGAUCUGAUGCUUCUUCGUUGCUUUUUUCUAUAUCAAACUUUGAAUUUGUGUUCUGCAUAGUUUUAUUAAAUGACGUGAUGCGAGAAACUAAUAUCUUAUCAAAGUAUUUGCAAUCCCCUAAUAUUAAUUAUGCAAAUAUAAAUACAAUGACACUUCAAACAGUAGCUAUUUUAAGUGAGCAUAGAUCAGUUACAGAAUUCGAUAAAACUUGGAACAAAGCUAUGGAAAUAACAAAAAAAAACAAUAUUAGCUCUCCAAAACUUCCCAGAAAAAGAACUAUUCCACUAAAAUUGGGAGGAGAUAUUGUAAUAAAAGAAAUACAAGACAGAUUUAAAGAAAACGAUCUUAAUAUACUACAAGCUAUGAAGGAUGUUAUUAUCAGUGAAAAACCGGAAAAUAAUUCAAUAAAAUUA